AUGCAGUUUUAAGUUGCAGACAAACAAAUAUUAAGGAAUUAAAUGGAAAUGAAGUGGUGUUUAAGAAAGUAGAAUAAUAGCGAGAAGCUCGGGGGCAUUUACAUAGUUGUCUUGACAUAAGCAUUAUAUAUAAUUAUAUAAGGCCAAAGAAGACCAGCUUCCAAUAUUGGUAUCAUGUUUCUAAGUCCUAAACACAAACCAAAAACUCUCUCAGCUUUUGUCUUCCUCUAGGGGGAGACUGGAUUCUUCUUUGGAUACACCAAAAAAACAAGCCACAGCUUUUAGUGAGGUCCAUCACCUAUAACGCAAAAUACAAACAUCAGAGAAGACACACAGAACCUUCCAUUAGCCUCUCCAAUGUCAAAUAUUUCAGUUGAUGAAGGAAGCUUCUCCUCAGGAAACAAUGGGGAAGAAGUUCAUCAAGAAACCCAACACCAACACCCUCAAAACCACCUUCAUGACUCUACUUCAGGACCAUCUGCUGCUUCCAAUACCAAUGCUUCCACUAAUCAACAAACCAAGAAGAAAAGAAACCUUCCAGGAACCCCAGGCAAAUACUCAACUUCAUCUUUCUCAGUUUUCAGAAGUAGCAUGGUAUCAUGUUAUUUGCUAAUGGAUAUGUUUUAUGAAAUAGACCCCAGUGCUGAAGUUGUUGCUUUAUCACCAACCACACUGAUGGCAACAAAUAGAUUCGUGUGUGAGAUCUGCAACAAAGGGUUUCAGAGGGACCAAAACCUUCAGUUGCACCGCAGAGGUCACAAUCUUCCGUGGAAACUGAGGCAACGAACAAGCACUGAGGUUAAGAAACGUGUGUAUGUUUGCCCUGAGCCAUCAUGCGUGCACCAUAACCCAGGUCGUGCAUUAGGAGACCUCACUGGCAUCAAAAAGCACUAUAGCCGCAAACACGGUGAGAAGAAAUGGAAAUGUGACAAGUGCUCUAAGAGAUACGCAGUGCAGUCUGAUUGGAAGGCCCACCAGAAAACUUGUGGCACCAGGGAAUACAAAUGUGACUGUGGAACCAUAUUUUCCAGGAGAGAUAGUUUUAUCACUCACAGAGCUUUCUGUGAUGCAUUAACUGAAGAAAACAACAGAGUGAACCAGGGUCUGACAAGUGGCAUGCCACCAAACCUGCAGAAUCAAAUACCGGAUCUUAUGUCUACCAUGCCUCUAAACACUAGUCCCAACACAGCAUAUGACCCUAAGAACCCACUGAAAUCACUCCCCCAAGAACUUGUCCCAAUACCAUUCAAGUCUAUGAGCAUGGGAGGGGGCAUGUUCUCUACCAAUGCAGGUGCACUUUUUGGUGGCCCAAAAAGCAUGUCUCCUUCUUCUUCCAGCCUCCAACUGGGUUCCAACACCUCAUCAAGCUUCAAUUACUUGCAAGACAACAAAAACGGAGGACUAAUUGCUGCCUCGGCUCAGAUGUCUGCAACAGCUUUGUUACAGAAAGCAGCCCAAAUGGGUGCCACUGCAAGCAAUACCAUUAACUCCCCCAUGAUGCAAAAAGGCUUUGUUAGUAGCACUGCUGCUCCUGAUCAUGUUUCUUCCACUAGGCCACCAUAUUCUGGUGCCAUGCUGCAGCAUAACAACUCCUACGACCAUUUCUCUCCACAGCCUGAUCUCUCCAACAUGGCUGGGGUGAGUGGUGGAGGAGCAUUCAUCAAUCAGUUGUUUCAUAAAGGACAAGAAAUUUCACAAGUUUUUGACACCAACACUGCCGGGUCUGCUAUGAACGAUGUGGGAAUGUUCAGCCAAAUGCCUCUGGGGAGUGACCACAAUCCGGGAUUGAUGAAGAAUGUGGAACAAGAGGUUAGUAAUUGUUCUGGUUUGAUCCAUGGAAAAGACGUGGUUGAAGGUAACCCAAUGCAGCCAUCAAGGUUUGGAGGGAGUGACAUGACAACUGUUCAUGACUUUUUGGGCAUUGGUGGUUCAACUUCUAGAGUCAUGAACCAUUUUCAUCACCAUUUUCCACACGAGGAUUCAGCAGCUAUGGAGGAACCCAUAUGGGAUGUUUGAGAGCAGAUGUUUAUCAUGUAUGCUUCUGAUUAUACCGAAUUAGUCACCAAAGUAUGGAACGUUUUGAUGGUUAGAACUGGAUUUGAAACAGAUU